UCUGCCCUUUUCUCCUUCUAUGCAUUCUCUCUCUCGGUUAUCCCCAACGAGGAGGCUCGGAUAUUAUAUAACCCCAAGCGUGGAGUUUCUUCUCCCCCGAUUCUUUUCUCCUCUACGAGCCCUAGAGAGAGGGAGGCGGCCCGCCCUUCCCUUCUCCAUUCCUCCAUCCGAUCCUCGGAGAUCGUUGCUCUCCGGCGCCGGUCUCCGAUCCUUAGAAGAAGCACGAUUUCUCGCGCUCCAAGAUGGUGUCCGCGAAUCGGGAAAUGGCGGUGUACUGCUUCGACACCCUUGUCGCCCACUACAAUAGCGACCAGGCGCCUCCCCCGGCUUUCGAAGAAGGCCAGCACCCAUUGUUUGUAACUUGGAAGAAAGCAGUCAAUGGUGGGGAGCCGCGUCUGCGUGGAUGUAUUGGAACUUUAGAAGCCCGUUGCUUGAUAAAUGGUUUUAGGGACUACGCAUUAACUAGUGCUCUGAGGGACCGGCGCUUUCCUCCUAUACAAGCUAAAGAAUUGCCAUAUUUGGAAUGCACAGUAUCUAUUCUGACUGAUUAUGAAUCUGCUCUCCAUUACCUUGAUUGGGAGAUUGGAAAGCAUGGCUUAAUUAUUGAAUUUACUGACCCAGAUUACAACACAAGGCGUAGUGCAACUUACUUGCCCGAGGUUGCUGCCCAUGAAGGUUGGGCAAAAACAGAAACCAUUGACUCAUUGAUGAGGAAAGCUGGUUACAAUGGAGUCAUCACUGAGUCGCUUCGCAGGCGACUCCGUGUCACCCGCUAUCAGAGCACCCUGUACACCAUGCACUACAGUGACUAUGCCUCCUAUGUCAAGAUGAUCAGAGGAACUGCCCCUGCAAUUAAUGGUACUAGACUUAAUCAUUGAUUUAUUCAGAGCGGCUUCAUUGUUAAAAGCUGCAAAGGUACAUUCAGACUUAUUAAAAAUCAGUUGGGUGAGAAUUUGCCUUGAUUCCAUCCCUGCCAAUUGAUCUGCUCUCAUUAUUUGUCAGAACUCAUUCAAGAAAUAGGAAAAAAACUGACAGGUUAGCCAGCAACUGUAAAAUUGUUGAAUGGCUAAGCUGUAUCAUGUCUCAAGAUUGUCUGUGGAUUCAGUUUAAUUUGAUAUGCAUUCCUUCA